AAUGUCAAUUAAUAAACAGCUGAUUACAAGUAAAAUGGCGAAUUACAUUUUAUUCAAUUAUUUGGAGAAAAUAAUAUUUUGAGCGUAAUCCGUCCUUAAAAAGCUCGAAUUUAUCAGAUAUCUAAAAUGCCUGGCACAAGUUUGGUAGUUCCCGUUGUAUUAUGGGGCAAAUACGCCCCAACACAUUGUAUUUCAUGUGUUUAUCUAUCAAAAGACCUCAAGACUUUGGCAACUGGAUGUUAUGAUGGUCAAAUAUGUUUGUGGCAAGUAGAUCCAGAUACCUUACAGAUGAUUCCAAGAUGUCUCUUGGUUGGUCACACAGCUCCAAUACUGUGCAUCACAAGGGCUUCUAUGAUACAAGAUAACAAUUAUAUUGUUUCCAGUUCCGAAGCAGGUGAAAUGUGUACCUGGGAUUUGAUAGAUGGUAAAUGCAGAGAGGCAGUCAAGUUGCAACAAGUUCAUACCAAUAUGCAGGCGUAUCAUAUGUGCAACUGUGAGGAUCUACGUUUAUUCUGUAAUGGUUAUUAUCCAGAGAUUAUAGUUAUGGAUCCAUUCAGUUUGGAGAUACUCUUCAUGCUUUCCUCUAAACAAAAUCCUGACUGGAUUAGCGCCUUACACGUAUUAAGACCGGCGAAACGUAAAGACGAUGUGGUACUGGCGUUAACCACAACCGGUAUGGUCAAAGUGUGGACUCUAACGGGGGCCGAAAAUAGACACCAAGAACCGAUUUACGAAAACGAAAGUAAACAGAUUAGAACUUUGAACGCGGUAUGCUUGCAAUGUUGCUGUUACAACCAAAGAACGGUUCUUGUGGUCUGCACGAAGUACUGGCAGAUUUACGAUGCAGGAGAUUUUAGUGUACUAUGUUCGUAUUUGGCUCCCCGUGGAGAGAGGUGGAUGUCUGGAGACUUUCUGGCGAUGGACAGGAUCAUAAUGUGGUCCGACGCUGGAAAAGGUUACCUGUACAAGUUGCCAUCUAACAGUAUACCGGAUCACGCAGAGUUUCACACGCCUAGUACAGAAAGCGAUAGUCCAUUUUUAUACUGUUUAUUAAAUCAGCCCGACGGUAAGCCUUUGUCUUGUCCACCAUCGAUGCAUUUCAUCACGACUACGAAACAAAACAAGCCAAAUAAAUCCAGGUACCUGAUCAGAGGCGAUUCCGAGGGAAACGUGAUGGUAUGGAGUAUCCCAGAAAUAUCUCCCGCUCAAUUAGAAGAAAUCCAAAGACAAAAAUUACCCCAACCAGUAACGAUGAAAGCCACUCUCACUACAAGUUUAACAGAGGCUUGGGCUGGAAUGAAGCCGAGUCCGGUUGGGAUUUUAGAUCAACUCGAGAAACAGGAAGAACAGUCUGUCAAAUUAACUGCCAGUAUAUAUCUGCCUCUGCAAAGUAGACUAGUCGUAGGAAGAGAAGAUGGUACAAUAAUUAUCGUUCCUGCAAACCAAACUGUGAUGUUACAAUUACUUCAUGGGAACCAUCAACACUAUAAAGGUUGGCCACAGCAUCAGAUCCUAUCAGGACACGGAGGAAGGGUGAAUUGCCUGUUAUAUCCACACAGAGAACACGCAAGAUAUGACAAAAAUCAUCUAGUUUCAGGCGGCGUGGAUUUUGCAGUUUGUGUUUGGGAUCUAUAUGCCGGCACAUUACUUCAUAGAUUUUGUGUUCAUGCCGGAGAAAUUACUCAGUUGCUAGUGCCUCCUAAUAAUUGUAGUGCUCGAAUACAAAAAUGCAUAUGUUCAGUAGCGUCGGACCAUUCGGUGACUUUACUCAGUCUGGCAGAAAGGAAAUGCGUAUGUUUGGCAUCGAGACAUCUCUUCCCAGUUACGACAAUUAAAUGGAGGCCUAAUGACGACUUCAUGAUAAUAGGAUGUUCCGAUGGCACAGUCUACGUUUGGCAGAUGGAGACCGGACACUUAGAUAGAGUUUUACAAGGUAUCGCAGCCGAAGAAGUACUCUACGCGUGUGAAGAAAACGAGGCUAACAAUGCUUCGUCUGAGGUUGGAUUAGCGAACCCCGCUGUACACUUUUUCAGAGGAUUAAGGCAUAGAAACUUGUCAGCAAUAAGGCAUGCCACUCAACGAGGCCUCCAUCAGUUACAGAUGCUUGGAGCCCAUACGAACAAUGAUGACCCCCAUAUGCAAAGAAAUCAUAAUUCCCCGCUUUCCAUUCAAGGCCUAAGAACAAAUCCAAAAGAUCCUGAAAGCCAUAUAUUAUUCUUCGAUAUUGAAGCUUUAAUAAUCGAACUGCUAAGUGAGGAAUACGAAACAAUGUCGCCAGGAAGUCUCGAAGCAGCCGGUUUAAUAAACGCCUCUGAAUACCUCAAAGUUGCUGCUUUAACACAAAGUGCCAGUCCAGACGCUCAUAAAAAGAUCGUAGACUUUUUCGGGAAGAUGAAAAAUAAAGCUGAAAAUAUGGAAAUGAUCAUAAAGGAAAAAGACAAACACGGAAUUCUCGCCAAAAUGAAAGAAGGUGCAGAAACAGCAAUAGCAAAAGCAGAAAGUGUUUUAAAACAAUCAGGAGAUCAUUUCAAAGAUGGAAACGAAGCUAAUUCAAGAAACAACAAACCGAACUCUCUCGGUCCUCUCGAAGCUAGUCAUGGAAUGGAAAUAGCUCAGCUGUUGCUGUCUUUGCUACAUUCGUGGGGUCUUGACAGCGAUUUGGAUAGAGUGUGCCAAGUUAAACUUGGCUUACUACGACCAAUGGUACCAAUAUCGUACGGAGUGCUGUCAAAAGCAAAUCACAUGUCGCUCUUCCUACCAACUUGGCAUAAUACAAUUCCAGUAGAUGAAGAAUCGCUUCCCAACGAUUUAUCGAUUACGAAUAGUCUGCCUCCCGAACUAAUUAGACAAGAACAAGUCACUAGAAUAUUUACCUCUCGAACGCAUUGGGAAUUGAGCACCACACUUACCACCAACCAUCUGCUUGCGAUCAUUGCUUUGAGUCACACUUUAAUGUCCAUGAGCAACGCUACGUUUGUUCCUGAACAAGAAAGAAAUCGAAAGUUGCAUAGGCAGUCAACGCGUGUGAAUUGGUCAAAAACGGAUGAGGAACACGAAGAAAUGUUUACACAACAACAAGCCCAGAUCAAACAAGGAUGGUCCCUUUUGGCUACUUUACAUUGUGUGUUGUUACCGGAUAAGGUAGUAGAGCAUGGUGCAAAGAAUUUCAAACGACCGCAAGUGGAAAUGAUGGUCAAGAGGUGGCAACACCAUUGCGUAGAAGUACGGGAGGCGGCGCAAACUUUAUUGUUGGCUGAAUUGUCUAGAAUGGGACCUAAAGGUAGAAAGCUACUGGUUGAGUCUUGGGCUCAGUAUCUACCACAGUUUACUCAUAUUGAAACUAUCAACCAGCAAAUUAACUCUCCAGUGCCUCAGACGAAUGGUAAUAUCAACCAGCAGCCUCACAGUCCAGAUCCAGUGGAUGAAGAAUUUGAGGAAGAGGAAGAGGAACAAAUACGAAAACCAUCAAGUUUGUCAGAGCUCAAAAAGAAACAAUCCACAGCGGUGAUAAUUUUAGGGGUGAUAGGAGCGGAGUUUGGACAAGACAUCACUUGUAGCGAUAAUAAUAAGAGACGUAUGAGCGAAGAAAGAAGGAAGAGUUCCGUUGUUGAGGGUUUCGGUCCUGGCAACAAUAAUCUAGCAAGACUGACUUCGAUGGCGCUGUCUCAUUUACUGCUGGCGCCUCCUUCUCAAAAGUUACCAGCACACAUUCCGUUGAGACGAGCAGCCAUCGACCUCAUAGGCAGGGGAUUCACCGUAUGGGCCCCGUUCUUAGAUAAUAGUAAAGUAUUGUUAGGUCUUUUAGAAUUGUGUUCGGAAGCAGAUAGACUGGUUCCAAGCAUGACGUAUGGACUACCGUUGACUCCACAGGCAGAUUCGUGUCGGACAGCCAGGCAUGCUUUGACUCUUAUAGCAACCGCAAGACCGGCUGCAUUCAUUACGACAAUGGCGAAAGAAGUAGCUAGGUAUAACACCCUGCAACAAAAUGCACAAACAUUGAAUAUUAAUAUGAACAACAACGUUCUACAUAAAGCGAAACCUGAAAUUCUCAGAGGAGUUGAGCUUUUGAUAGAGAAAAUGCAGAACGAAAUGGCAGAUCUUUUAGUUGAGUUAAUGGAUAUAAUCCUUCAUUGCUUGGAUCCAAGUCAAUUAAAGAACAAAGGGCUUCAGGAUGUUUUUCCUGCCGUAUGUCGAUUUAGUCAGGUUUCACAUUGUUCGCAGACAAGAAGAAUAGCAGUUGGUUCUCACACAGGAUCUCUAACCCUCUAUGAGCUUCGACAAGGAAAAUGUGUGAACAUUCGAGCUCAUAGCUCUCCUGUGACUGCAUUAGCAUUUAGUCCCGAUGGGAAAUUUUUAGUUAGUUAUGCUUCUGGUGAUAAUAAGUUGAGCUUCUGGCAGACUAGUACGGGUAUGUUUGGUCUGGGUCAGUCACAGACGAAGAACGUCAAAUCUUAUAGCACAGCUCCCAUAGCGGACGUAGCCCGUCUGAAUCCAAUGCGUCUAGCCCGCUUGAUAUGGAUGAACAACAGAACGGUGUCCCUGAUGUUGGCGGACGGCUCCGAAACCAGAUUUAAUGUGUAACGGACAGAGAACUUAGGUUAUGUGGCCUUUAAGUCUUAUGAACGUAACGUUACCUUUCAAAUCGUUGUGUAAUGUUUUAUCUUGCACAGUUCUAUGGUAUUAGUUGUCAGUAAUUUUAUUACUUUGAUUUUGUGUAGUGAUAUUUUAUCGAGAAUCUACUUCCAUGGUCUUUCAACACCUUAGACCUAUUUUCCAAGUGUGUAUUGUAGUAAAUACCAUAUUUUAGAAACGAAUAUGGUACUCGGUGCCAUUGAUAUACAUAAAGGUCCGUUUGUAAUGGAUGGAACACGAAGCAACUGCGUAUUGCCUAUACAGAAAUAUUACGAUUUAAGCCAAAUUGUCUAGUAUGGAGAAGUUUAAGCAAAUUGUUUAUCCAUUUUUCUUCAUAAACAACAAUUUUUAAUACAUUUUAACGAAAACUUGUCAAACAAGAGUUAUAGGAAAUAAUUUUUAAUCAACGUUUACCUGUGAGCUAGAGAACACUAUCGUCAACUGAGUAGUAUUUUUAAUAUGGAUAACAUCAGCUGUAAGUUAUUUUAACUUAGAAAGCCCACAACGAAGUGUCACCAUAUCCUUAUAAAGUUAAGGACCAAGGUGGAUGGUAAAAGGCAAGCUUUCCUAGCAGUACGUUAAUGUUAACUGUUUCAAAGAAAACUGUUCAAUAACAUAUUCCAUUUGACCUAGAAUAUAGAGAAAAAUUUACAGUACCGUACGCUGUUUGCUUUAGGUCCCGAUAUUACAAUGUACCUGGUAUAACAUUUUUGUUGUACAUAGUUUAAAAGAAAAUAUAUAGAUGUAAAUU